AUGUGUGCUGCUGCCAUGGCAACCGUGGCUCCUCCCCUCACAUUUCUUCUCCUGCUGCUUCAACUGGCUGAUGGCUCAUUCCCAGAGGAACCCAGUCCACUCAGCUACGUCCCCGUAGAGGUGGUGAGGAGGUACCCAGUGUUCCUGGGCAGAGCUCAUCGUUCAGCUCAAAGACAGGAACUGCACAUCCAGACGGUCCUCCAAGUCAACCGCACACUCUACAUAGGAGCCAGAGAUGACUUGUACAGAGUGGAGCUGGAUAACAUGGCAGGUGAUGAGAUGUUCUACAGCAAGAAAAGGACAUGGGAAUCCAAUAAGAAUGAUAUUCGAGUGUGUCGGAUGAAGGGCAAACACGAGGGAGAGUGUCGUAAUUUCAUCAAGGUUUUGCUCAGCCAGCACGGCGGCCUGUUUGUAUGUGGAACAAACGCCUUCAACCCGCUGUGUGCCAACUACACUAGAGACACUCUAGAAAUGGUGGGAGAGCCUGUCAGCGGGAUGGCGCGCUGCCCGUAUGAUCCACGACAUGCCAACGUGGCUUUAUUUGCAGAUGGAGGUCUUUUUACCGGCACCGUGACAGACUUCCUGGCCAUCGAUGCGGUGAUCUAUCGCAGCCUCGGCGACAGCCCGGCCCUACGCACAGUCAAGCACGACUCCAAAUGGUUCAGAGAGCCCUACUUUGUGAGCGCCAUGGAGUGGGGGCCUCACAUUUAUUUCUUCUUCAGAGAGAUGGCCAUGGAGUUUCAUCAUCUGGAGAAGGUAAUGGUGUCCCGUGUGGCUCGGGUGUGUAAAGCAGACCUGGGCGGCUCCCAGCGCGUCCUCGAGAAACAGUGGACCACGUUUUUAAAGGCUCGGCUCAACUGCUCCGUCCCCGGAGACUCGCAUUUUUACUUCAACCUGCUGCACGCCACGAGCAACAUCAUCCACAUGCAGGGACGAGACGUGAUCCUGGGUCUCUUUUCCACGCCGCCAAACAGCAUCCCUGGCUCGGCUGUGUGCGUGUUUGACAUGCAGCAGCUUGCUCAUGUCUUUGAAGGCCGAUUUAAAGAGCAAAAAUCCCCAGAGUCUAUUUGGACACCUGUCCCGGACGAAGCAGUGCCGAAACCGAGGCCAGGAGGCUGUGCAGUGCAGGGAUCCAGGUUUAGCUCCUCUACCACGCUGCCAGAUGAGGUGCUGAACUUCGUGAAGACCCACCCACUAAUGGAUGAGACGGUUCCACUGUUGGGACACCGACCCUGGGUGGUCAAGACUAUGGGCCGGUACCAGUUGACAUCCAUGGUGGUGGACACAGAAGCCGGACCACAUAAGAACCGCACGGUUUUGUUCCUGGGCUCCACUCGAGGGACCAUCCUCAAGUUCCUCAUGAUUCCCAGCGGAGAUUCGGUCUCUCACAGCAGCGUGUUUCUGGAGGAGGUGGAGGGAUUCAACCCGGAGAAGUGUGGCGAGGACUCUCCUCAGGCUCGUCAGCUCUUGUCUCUGUCACUGGAUCGCAGCAGCCACACUCUGCUGCUGGCCUUCCCCUCCUGUCUGGUCCGAGUCCCCACAUCUCGCUGCCACCUUCACUCGCGCUGCAUGAAGAGCUGUCUGGCCUCCAGGGAUCCGUACUGUGGCUGGACGAGAGGCAGCACCUGCUCCUUCCUGAGACCAGGCACACGGCUCCCGUUUCAACAAGAUGUGGAAUAUGGAAACACCACCUCCCAUCUAGGAGACUGUGAUGGAAUUCUGCAGCAGAGUUUGCUGAUUGAACCCGAGAGCUUGGUCUCCCUCAACCUGCUCGUGGCGUCUGCAGUCUCAGCAUUCACCAUCGGGGCGGCGCUGUCCGGACUCGCUGUGUGCUGGAUCAUGGCCCACAAGCCCGCCAACCGUCGCCACGGCAGCACCUCCCAAUCCUCCAUCCAGCGCCGCGAAAGAGGCCUGCUGAGCAAUGGCGGCGGGAUGGGAGGCUCCGUGUUGAGUGUGACACGGCAGGGAGGCGGGGAGCGCCCCUGCUCUCAAGGCGGGGAGACCCUGUUUGUCAUGCCCAAUGGCUGGGUGAAGUCAGGAGAGCUCGACCCCGGUUUCCUGCCCACCCCUGAGCACACGCCCCAGCAGAAACGCAGAGGCCUGAGAUUGUCCGAUUCCAACUCUGGAGGGUGGGACACCAGCCAGACCUACCUGGGGGGAGGCUCUGUAGGUCUGGGAUCACCCUGCCGCAUGCCCCCCUCCGUCUACCUGACCACCAGACUCUUCCAGCAGGGCGGAGGCGGGAGACACGGCGGUGAGGGCCGAGGGAACGACACGCCACGCCAGCAUUACGUCUGCCUGAGCAAGCAAGAAAAAGCAGCAAAGGGGACACCCAAAGCCCCCCUCAGGAAGUCUGCGGGCGAAUAUGUCUACCCCAUGACCCCCCAGGACUCGCCUGAGCGUCGAAGGGUGGUCUCAGCACCCAGCGCCCCCAUGGAGUACAGCGAGCCGCUGCCUCUGCGCUGGCCAGCCCCGGAGGGAUACAUCCUCAGCAGCCACGGCAUGGUCCCCGUCCCCCUGCCGCCACCCUCCAUGCCCGCCCCCAGCAGCCAGGCGUACGUGUCCCAGCAACACACCCCCGGGCUGAGCAGGGCUCUGCUGAGAGGGGCCCUGGAGCGAGGGGAGCUGGGGGAGCUGGUGGAUCUCAGCCAGCUGAUGAGUAAGAAGAACUGCAGUGACAGGACUCAGACUGGCCAGUGA